UUUCUUCCCCUCCCUUUCGCUGCUCGGAAAGGAGAGAAGGGGAGAGAGGGAGAGAGAGAGAGAGAGAGAGAGGACUUGGCUCGGAGAUGCAGUCCGCUGCCGCCGCUGCCUAAGCCAGCAAUGCAAGAUUAGAUCUUUAAAUGCAGCAAACACUGGCAGACCAUCCUGCACAACCAGCAGACAUUUCUCCGUGCGCCGGGGAAGCGAAGCCUCAGAUAUGCAUACGCAUCCGUGACUCUUUCUUCGUCCCCGCUCGUUCCCGUCAAUUUCGUCGCCGAAUAAGAGUAACUAAGGAUUCCACUUUCUGAUCUGCCUGGAGACACACCUCCCAAAGCCCUCCCCCACCCGAUCUGAAGAGUAUUCCUGUAGCCUGCCGGAGGGAGUGGAUUUUACUGCGCCUGGCGGGAGCGAGGAAAACCCACGAAUUCUUCAGCUCAUUAUCAUCUCUCCCAGACUCGAUUUCCUUCCUAUCGCCGGCGUCAUCACGCAAGUUUGAGCCUCCCGAAGUCCAGGCGGGAGAGACAAAGCCCUGGGCUCGCCCUCAGCCGCAGGGAGUCGCCGCCUGGCUCCGAGCUGCUGCAGCUCCGCUGCUUCCCCCCCCUCCCCCCCCCCUCCCCCCGGUGCGAAUGCUGUAGAUCAACAGGUUCGGGCAACUUGAGCGGAAUAAGGAGAGACUGCCGGGUGCCGCAGCCCGGGUGCGGAGAGGAGGAAGGACUCGACAGACUUGUGGCUCGCUCCGAGCUCUCACGCUCCGCCCGGGUUCCAGCCUGGCGCGCACCCACCGGCCAGCACCUCUAGUCCGGCUGCUCCUGUUCUCACUCCACCGGUCUGGGAUGUACCUUUCCAUCUGUUGCUGCUUUCUUCUGUGGGCCCCUGCCCUGACACUCAAAAACCUCAACUACUCGGUGCCAGAGGAACAGGGGGCCGGCACGGUGAUCGGCAACAUCGGUAAGGAUGCCCGAUUGCAGCCCGGGCUUCCGCCGGCGGAGCGCGGCGGCGGCGGCGGCGGCGGCGGGAGAGGCAAGUCCGGCAGCUACCGAGUGCUGGAGAACUCCGCCCCGCACCUGCUGGACGUGGACGCGGACAGCGGGCUGCUCUACACCAAGCAGCGCAUCGACCGCGAGUCCCUGUGCCGCCACAACGCCAAGUGCCAGCUGUCGCUGGAGGUGUUCGCGAACGACAAGGAGAUCUGCAUGAUCAAGGUGGAGGUCCAGGACAUCAACGACAACGCCCCCUCCUUCCCCUCGGAUCAGAUCGAGAUGGACAUCUCCGAGAACGCGGCUCCGGGCACCCGCUUCCCCCUCACGAGCGCACACGACCCGGACGCCGGCGAGAACGGGCUCCGCACCUACCUGCUUACCCGCGACGACCACGGCCUCUUCGCCCUGGACGUCAAGUCCCGCGGCGACGGCACCAAGUUCCCAGAGCUGGUCAUCCAAAAGGCGCUGGACCGCGAGCUGCAGAACCACCACACUCUGGUGCUGACCGCCCUGGAUGGCGGUGAGCCUCCGCGCUCCGCCACGGUGCAGAUCAACGUGAAGGUGAUCGAUUCCAACGACAACAGCCCCGUCUUCGAGGCUCCAUCCUACUUGGUGGAGCUGCCCGAGAACGCGCCGCUGGGCACCGUGGUCAUCGAUCUGAACGCCACAGACGCUGACGAGGGGCCCAACGGGGAAGUGCUCUACUCCUUCAGCAGCUACGUGCCCGACCGCGUGCGGGAGCUCUUCUCCAUCGAUCCCAAAACCGGCCUGAUCCGCGUUAAGGGCAACCUGGACUAUGAGGAGAAUGGCAUGCUGGAGAUUGACGUGCAGGCCAGAGACCUAGGUCCUAACCCUAUCCCGGCCCACUGCAAGGUCACGGUGAAGCUCAUCGACCGCAACGACAACGCGCCGUCCAUUGGUUUCGUCUCCGUGCGCCAGGGGGCGCUGAGCGAGGCCGCCCCGCCUGGCACAGUCAUCGCCCUGGUUCGGGUCACCGACAGAGACUCGGGCAAGAACGGGCAGCUUCAGUGUAGGGUUCUAGGUGGAGGGGGCACUGGAGGUGGCCUCGGGGGGCCUGGCUCCGUCCCCUUUAAGCUCGAGGAGAACUACGACAACUUCUACACCGUGGUGACCGACCGUCCGCUGGACCGCGAGACACAGGACGAGUACAACGUGACAAUCGUGGCCCGGGAUGGGGGCUCCCCUCCGCUCAACUCCACCAAGUCGUUCGCUGUCAAGAUUCUGGAUGAGAACGACAACCCGCCCCGCUUCACCAAAGGGCUGUACGUGCUGCAGGUACAUGAAAACAACAUCCCAGGAGAAUACCUGGGUUCAGUGCUAGCCCAGGAUCCCGACCUGGGUCAAAAUGGGACAGUGUCCUACUCCAUUCUCCCCUCGCACAUAGGCGACGUGUCCAUCUACACCUACGUAUCCGUGAACCCCACUAACGGGGCCAUCUAUGCCCUGCGCUCCUUUAACUAUGAACAAACGAAGGCUUUUGAGUUCAAGGUGCUGGCGAAAGACUCGGGGGCGCCAGCGCACUUGGAGAGCAACGCCACGGUGAGGGUGACGGUGUUAGACGUGAACGACAACGCUCCCGUGAUAGUGCUCCCCACGCUACAGAACGACACAGCUGAGCUGCAGGUCCCCCGCAACGCUGGCCUGGGCUACCUGGUCAGCACCGUGCGCGCCCUGGACAGCGACUUUGGAGAGAGCGGGCGCCUAACCUACGAGAUCGUGGAUGGCAACGACGACCACCUGUUCGAGAUAGAUCCGUCCAGCGGCGAGAUCCGCACGCUGCAUCCCUUCUGGGAAGACGUGACCCCCGUGGUGGAGCUGGUGGUGAAAGUGACCGACCACGGCAAGCCCACCCUGUCCGCGGUGGCCAAACUCAUCAUUCGCUCAGUGAGCGGCUCCCUGCCCGAGGGGGUACCAAGAGUGAAUGGCGAGCAACACCACUGGGACAUGUCGCUGCCCCUUAUAGUGACUCUGAGCACGAUUUCUAUCAUCCUCCUAGCGGCCAUGAUCACCAUCGCUGUUAAGUGUAAACGGGAAAACAAGGAGAUUCGCACUUACAACUGCCGCAUCGCUGAGUACAGCCACCCACAGCUAGGCGGGGGGAAGGGCAAGAAGAAGAAAAUCAACAAAAACGAUAUCAUGCUGGUGCAGAGCGAGGUGGAAGAGAGGAACGCCAUGAACGUCAUGAACGUGGUGAGCAGUCCCUCCCUGGCUACCUCCCCUAUGUACUUCGACUACCAAACCCGCCUGCCCCUCAGCUCGCCCCGGUCAGAGGUGAUGUAUCUUAAGCCAGCCUCCAACAACCUGACUGUCCCGCAGGGGCACGCAGGCUGCCACACCAGCUUCACGGGACAAGGGACUAAUUCGAGCGAGACCCCUGCCACUCGGAUGUCCAUAAUUCAGACAGACAAUUUUCCCGCAGAGCCCAAUUACAUGGGCAGCAGGCAGCAGUUUGUUCAAAGUAGCUCCACGUUUAAGGACCCAGAAAGAGCCAGCCUGAGAGACAGUGGGCACGGGGACAGUGAUCAGGCUGACAGUGACCAAGACACUAACAAAGGCUCCUGCUGUGACAUGUCUGUUAGGGAGGCACUCAAGAUGAAAACUACUUCAACUAAAAGUCAACCACUUGAACAAGCAUUCCCGACUUUGCUUUCCUUUGCUAUCCUCACCCUACACACCAUCACUACUAGACUUCAGUCUGUUGACCCGCCUCCUCCAGAACCGGAAGAGUGCAUUAACUGCACAGAUGAAUGCCGAGUGCUUGGUCAUUCUGAUAGGUGUUGGAUGCCACAGUUCCCUGCAGCCAAUCAGGCUGAAAAUGCAGAUUACCGCACAAAUCUCUUUGUACCCACAGUUGAAGCUAAUGUUGAGACUGAGACUUACGAAACUGUGAAUCCCACUGGGAAAAAGACUUUUUGUACAUUUGGAAAAGACAAGCGAGAGCACACUAUUCUCAUUGCCAAUGUGAAACCUUAUUUAAAAGCCAAACGUGCCCUGAGCCCUCUCCUCCAAGAGGUCCCCUCAGCAUCUAGCAGCCCAACCAAGGCAUGCAUCGAGCCCUGCGCCUCAACAAAAGGCUCCCUGGAUGGCUGUGAAGCAAAACCAGGCGCCCUAGCUGAAGCAAGCAGCUCCUACCUGCCCACCGACAGUCAGUAUCUGUCACCCAGUAAGCAACCAAGAGACCCUUCCUUCAUGGCUUCCGAUCAGAUGGCAAGGGUCUUUGCGGAUGUGCAUUCAAGAGCCAGCCGGGAUUCCAGCGAGGUGGGAACUGUGCUGGAACAGCUUGAUCACCCCAACAGAGAUCUGGGCAGAGAGUCCGUGGAUGCCGAAGAAGUUGUGAGAGAGAUUGAUAAACUCUUGCAGGACUGCCGGGGAAAUGACCCUGUGGCUGUGAGAAAGUGAGGGGGGAAAAGGCAUUGGCGUUUUCUUGUCUCUUCUGUUGAUUUGAAAAUGAUCCUUCCCAGUGACAACCCAUUUUACAGGGAUGGAAAAGGACCAAUGCUGCUUUAAGGCUUUUAGUGAACAUCUGAAGUGCCCACAAGUAUGUUCUUUUCACUGCUGUUUCUUUUACAGAAAUAACGAUGGUUUUGACCAAACUUAUAUUAGGACAGAAUUAAUGAUGCUUAAGGAGAAACGAGAAGAGAGAGCGAGAAGAAAAUGGAGAGAAGAAAAUGGAGGAUGAGACAAGUUACCUUUUGACAAUCUGUUAGGAAGGUAUGCAGUGUGAGACUUAAAAGUAUUUCUGAUCACUCUAAGACUGUCCUCCGAGAUUGAUGCUGACUUAACUGUUUACCUAUAAACCCCAUACAAAGCAGGGUCAUAUUUGUUAUCUGUGGUGGAUCCCUAGCUGACAUCACAGGCUUCUACUGAAAGUCCCGAAAAGACCUUGCAGUAGUCCAAGCUACACCAAACAUUAACACAUAUUUGUGGUAAACAUUUCUGUAUAAAGUACCUGCCAAGCAUAUAAACACAAAGACCAUUCCAUAUCAUUAGUCAGAAAGCAAAAAAAAAAUUAUAUAAUAAUAAUAAAAGAGAAAAAAUAAAACAACAAAACCCUUGGUCAUUUGUAAGACACCUCAUGUCAUAUAAAAGUUCAAUGUAAAAAGCUAUAGUCUGUGUUGUCCUGAACACAUGUAGACCUAUUCACAUCAUUAAAGAAGAAAAUUUGAAUACAUAAAAAUGUCUAUUUAGCAUUUUAGUGUCCAACAAAGAUAUAAAUAAUGGUGAGUUUGUUUUACAUUUGAAGAGUUCUGAAUUAUGGAUUAUCAUUAAGUAGUAAUACUGAGAGAAAAUUAACAUGACUAAAGUGUUUUAUUCAUUUUUUUGGACACUAAAAUAGCUCAGGAAAGUAAAAAAAAAAAAACAACAAAAAAACUUAGGCAUAACAAAUCACACGACCAUUUAAGUGUGCAGAUGUUAGAAGAUUCAAUGUGUUUACAUCAAAUGACAUAUUUUUAUUGAUUUAUUGCAGACUCCGUGCAUAUGAGCCAAAUUGUUGAGUGUAUAAGAGCUAUAUUGUGUAUUUUAUUAAAUUAAUAUAUAGUUGUGUUGCAAAAAUAUUUGGGCUUAUAUUGUAAAUGGCAAGUGUUGCCUCGGUAGCUGUCGAACUCUAUGAGUUUUGUUUUUUCCUGCUUCCUCUUCCCCAUGGAGCGUCGGAAGCAGGGCCUCAGAGCAAAGUCUCUUCUUUAAUGUCUAGUCUACCAAGUACACCGUACAUGAUUCUGUUCAAGACGUGUUUGAGUGAGCUGACGGAUCUAACCGAAAGGUCAGAAAACCACAUGUCAGUCAUAGUUCUGUGCAAGUCCAUGCUUUGACUAAAGUCAUGUUAAAUCACAAGAAUUACAUUUGUACCAAUACCUGAAAAAUCUUCACCUUGUUUUCAGUAACAUAAAGCUUCUGCCUAUGUAGAUAUCAUAACAUUGGUUGGUUCUCAAAAGUAUCUUCAGUGGUUCAGGUGUGUGCACACGUAAUAUUACUAAACAUGGCAAAUGUUGUAAUGCAUGUGUAGUACCAGUGCUGGUUACCUGCAUUGAGUACUGUGUUUCAAGAGGUCUGGGUCUUAACAAAAAUUGUUUUCCUGUAUUUCAGUGCUCUUCUGCCUCUUUUUAUUGCUGUUCUUUGAGAACAAUACCUAUUAUUUCAUCAUUUGGUUGCACCUUUUCUUGUGACAUUUAACAGGUUUCCAACUUACUUCCUUAUGAGGCUAAGACAAUUCUAAUUUCAGGAAUUUGGAAAAAUAAAAUUAGCACUCACAGAAGUAGUAGCAGAUGGGGAAAUGCCUUGAUUGACAUUUUCCUUCAGCGUUUAAAUUUUUUUGGCAUUUAACAGCUUCAUGGCAAACAGUUUGAGCCCAUACCUUGGAAAAUGUGGUGCUGAGUUAAAUAAAGGCUGUUUGUGCACUGGAGCAGAAAAAAAUGAUUAUUUGCAAACUGGGAGAGAAUUCUGUGCCUUCUUUUCUGGCCACCAAACCAGUGUAGAAACAGCAUAAAUGUCAUAAAAUCCUUAUACUAAAAACAAAAGGAAAAGUAAAACAAACACUGAACUAAAUUAAGUUUUAUAAUUUAAAACAAUCUGCUAGAAAUAUUUCCAUCAUUUCAGGAAAGUUUUAGAUCGUACCUCACUUGCAAAAUUGCUUUGGGGGUAAGAAUUGAUGACUCCCAUCAGCCUUAUUCUCUUGAGAACUGCAUCUGGUUCUUGCUAACAGCCUUUCCACAGCUCUACUCUUGCUUUUUGUUAUCCAUACAUGUUUAAAUUGGAAAAGAAGAGAUCUUGUACAUGUGAAACCCAAUUGACACUAUAUUUUGGACAAUUUAUGUAUCUACAAUGUGUUGUCUCUGUUCUAUAAUGUUACUUCUACCAGGAGACUACAAAUUGAUUUAGCUUGAUAGAUAGUUGAACAUUGAUGGAAAACAUUUCCUUUUAGUCUUUCCAAGCUUCGCCUCUCUCUCACUAUUCAGAUAACCACUUAGUGAAACCUAAAGCAGUGUGCAAAUAAAUUCAACACAAAGAAUAGGUUUAUUUUUUAAAACUUCUUAAUUCUAAGUAACUAGUUGUUCAAUGUAUUGUUAAGUGUCUGAAACAUUGGAACACCACACAAGUCUCAGAAUUGGUUGUGCCAAUAUGUGAGGGAUUGACUCUAAGCUGUCACCAGUGAUUUACUAGUGUUAGAUGUUUAAUACAUUAUCUGUAUUUAGUAGUGAUUAUUUAUUUAGAAGUUGGUGGUAGUUCAAGUCAGGACUCUGAACUUUUAUAGUUGAGGGAAUCUUGCUUUUAUUCAUCUCCCUGGGACCUGCCUUUAUCACAGAACUCUGGUGCUUGGCUUCCAAAGAAGCCUUUGCGAGGCCAAAAUCAUAUCUUUGGGGAACAAUGGCUCUAAUGGUAGUACAUUAUCAGUUAAAAUUGAAGGGGUUUCUGUAAAUUUAGAAUGCUUUAUACACACACACACACACAGACACACAAACACACCACAUAGACAUACAUACACACAAGAUAAAAAAAAUAGUCUUUUAAUUCUUUAGACCUAUUCAAGCAGAGGAAAACUGUCCACUUUGGGAAAUUUUAGUAGAAGAAUCCAAACACAAAAAAGGCUUGAUGAUGAACUGCAAACAAAACAUCAGUAAUGAAAUCUUUUCACCAUCAGUUAAUAAUGAAAAUGUUUUCAAUAAGUUCAAAAUAGUAAAAAAUCAGUGUCACACUAUAGCACACUAUAGUAAAGUAAACAUUAAGGACACAUAUCUUAUGUAAUUUCAAGCAAGGUUUCCACAUUGUUUCUUUACCCAACAAACUUAUACUUUUUGCAAACAGCAUACAAAAGAAAGUACCUUUGAUUCACUGCAUUACUGGGAGAGAAAUUGAUUGUUCCUUUCCCUAAAUUAACUGAGCUCUUGUAAAACAUGACUUUCCUUUUAAGGAUGUAGGCACUGUUCAAAUUAAAAAAAAAAAAAGUGGUACCAUAAAAAAUGGCCAUGUAGUAAUGAGCAGUAUGCUUUAUGAGAGCCAGGUUAAAAGCUGUUUGUUGUCUAAUGGAGUGGAAGUUCCUGGGGUCAACAAAUAGAGCAAGGACUAGGAUAAUAUAUGCCUACUCAUUAUUGUCUAAUUAUAUUCUUUUGACAAGAGACAGCAUUUAUCAGAGCAUUAAUUCCAUGAGAGUUUUGGCUAUCAAGAUGUGUUGAUUUGAAACAUAAUUGAAUGAGACCUGAUUAAAGUCUGACUCUCCUGGCCCCAGUGUUUUUGCAGGUUAACUAUUUCCAUUUAUCAGUACCAUCACUUCAUAAGUUUCUUCGUUGCACCAGUGAUUGGUGAACAACGACAACAAAAACAAAAGCAGCAUACAUUGUAUGGAUUUAUCUCAACGCUAUUGUUUAAUGGCUGUGUUUCAUGUGACCUGUCUGGAAAAUGAGGACUCCGAAUAAAAGCUAUUAC